AUGGGAAGAGAAGUUGUGGAGUUGGCGAAGACAAAUGAAAGGGUUCACGUGUCUCCCAAGAUAGCUGCAGAAGAGGAUUAUGAGCUCAAACAAUGCACUGAGGAUCGUUUUCUCUCUCAGAAUCAUAAUUCUUCUAAUAAUGAUGUGAACAAGAAGCAUUUGGAUCAAGACGAAGAAGAUGAUUGUUCUGUUGCUUCUUCCGCUGCAACAUUGCUGAGGAAUGCUAAGUCGAAAGUAACUCAUGGAACCGCUCCACGGUUUAGGAGUGCUCAACGCGCUGAGAAACGCAAGGAGUAUUACCAAAAGCUUGAAGCGAAACACCAAGCCCUGGAAGCUGAAAAGAACGAGCUCGAACAAAGGCAAAAGGAAGAACAAGAAGCAGCCAUUAAACAGCUUCGGAAAAACCUUAAGUUUAAGGCUAAUCCUGUUCCUAACUUCUAUUACCAAGGACCUCCCGCGAAACCAGAGCUCAAGAAGUUUCCUUUGACGCGUCCUAAGUCACCGAAACUCAAUCUGUCUCGGAGAAAGAGUUGCAGCGAUGCGGUUAGCUCGUCUGGUGAAGAGAAUCCCAAGUCAGUCUCUACACAGAACCGCCACAGUGUCGGUACAGUAGGGUUAAAGCCUGUGAAUGUGAAUGAGUGCUCUCAAGAAGCUUCCACUGAGGAAGGUGUUUUCAUAACCUAA